GGGAGCACAGCUCUGCUCGCAACACCGCCAGAGCAGCCUUUUCCAGCGUCCGGAGACAGGAUGGAAAGAAUCUUCAACAGAAGUAUACAGGAACACCCGGAGCCCAUCCGGGCAGAAGUGCACGGGGAGAUACCAAGCUGGAUGGAGGGAGUUCUUAUUCGCAAUGGUCCGGGCAUGCAUAAAAUCGGGGAAAUGGAAUACAAUCACUGGUUCGAUGGCAUGGCUUUAUUGCACAGUUUUACAAUAAAGAACGGUGAGGUUUUCUAUCGAAGCAAAUACCUCCGCAGUGAUACUUACAAUCGCAAUGUCGAAGCCAACAGAAUUGUGGUGUCAGAAUUAGGAACGAUGGCUUAUCCAGAUCCAUGUAAAAACAUAUUUGCCAAGGCCUUUAGCUACCUGUCCCACACAAUACCUAAAUUCACGGACAACUGCAUGAUCAAUAUCAUCAGAAAUGGAGAGGAUUACUAUGCCAGCAGUGAAGUCAAUUUCAUCAGGAAAAUUGACCCUAAGACUCUGGAAACUCUAGAAAAGGUUGACUACUCCAAGUAUACAGCUAUCAAUUUGGCAACAGCCCAUCCUCAUUAUGACAGUGCUGGGAAUACUCUCAACAUGGGCACCUCCAUAGUCGAUAAAGGAAGGACAAAAUACAUUCUCUUUCAGAUUCCCCCUUCAGCACCAGGAAGUGAAACGAAGAGGAAAUUCUUGAAAAACCUGGAAGUGAUAUGCUCCAUCCCCUCCCGCUCUGUACUGCAGCCAAGCUAUUUUCACAGCUUUGGAAUUUCGGAAAAUUAUAUCCUGUUUAUAGAGCAGCCCUUCAAGCUGGAUAUACUCAAGAUGGCAACAGCCUAUUUUCGAGGGGUCAACUGGGCCUCUUGCCUCGUCUUCCAUAAGGAUGAAAAGACCUGGAUUCACCUUGUUGACAGACGAAGCAAAAAAGAAGUGCCUAUUAAGUUCUACACUGAUGCCCUGGUCAUCUUUCACCAUGUGAAUGCUUAUGAGGAGAAUGACCAUCUAAUUUUAGACCUCAUUUCCUACACGGAUAAUAGCUUGUAUGACCUGUUCUAUUUAAAAAACCUGGACACGAACUUUGAGAACGCUGCCAAAAUCCCUUCUGUACCAUGCUGCAAGCGAUUUGUGGUUCCUUUGCAGUCUGACAAGGAUGCAGAAGUGGGUUCGAAUUUGGUCUGCCUCCCAUCAACCACUGCAAGUGCUGUGAAGGAAAAGGAUGGCAGCGUUUACUGCCAGUCUGAAAUACUUUGUGAAGGAAUAGAACUGCCUCGCAUCAACUAUGAUUAUAAUGGCAGAAAGUACAGAUACAUCUAUGCAGCUGAGAUUAAAUGGAGUCCAGUUCCAUCAAAGAUAGUUAAAUGUGACAUUCUGACCAAGAGAAAACUUCACUGGGGGGAAGAACAUUGUUGGCCAGCAGAACCAGUCUUCGUACCUAGUCCUAACGCCAAAGAAGAAGAUGACGGUAUUAUCCUGUCAAGCAUUGUGACAACACAACCGCAGAAGCCCCCUUUCCUGCUCAUCUUGGAUGCUAAAACCUUCAAGGAAAUUGCUCGGGCAACGGUGAACGUAGAAUUGCACCUGGACUUACAUGGAAUCUUCAUCCCUGAGAAGGAUUUGAAAGCAGAGCAGGAGACUGAUGCGGAAGGAGGACAUGAAUCAAAGGGAUGCCCAUCUAAUAGAACAAACAGCAUAUCUGAGGCCAGCCUCCCUGCUAAACAACAGACGGAAGACUUGUAAUGCUUCAGAUCUUGGGACUUUUGCCUAUGUAGUUGGUCCAUACUUCUGGGGUAACUGAGUUUAUGGCAUUAUGCUAGCAUAACAAUCAAUAUGUUGCACCUUAAGUAUGUAUUGUUAGGGAUAGCUAGACUGGCAGUACAGUCAUAAGCAGACUUCACGCCAAUGGUUCAAACUUGGGAUGACAUCUCAGAGUUGUGGAAUUCCUAGAGAUUUCGGGUCAGAGCCUGAGGAGGGCGAAGUUUGGGGAAGGGAGGGACCACAGUGUGGUUUCAUGCCAUAGAUUCCAUCUUCCACAGAAGCCAUUUUCUCCAGAUCUCUGAUGUCUGGAGAUCAGCUAUAAUUUGGGGACAUCUCCAGACCCGUCCUGGAGGCUGGCCAUCCUGUUAUUAAAGAGACUGAUGCAGAAGCCAGUUCAAACGCCACUAAUCCUACUCCACCAGUGGUGUUACUGCCUCAUUUGCUAGUUUGUGUGAGCUAUGCCUAAGUCACUUCAAAGCCACACCAGACUUAUAAUUCAGGCCCUGACCUGGUUACUCCAGACAAGCCUGAUCGUGUCAGACCUCAGAAGCUAAGCAGAGCUGAUCCCGGCGAGUACUUGGAUGAGAGACCUCCAAGGAAUACCAGGGCUGGGACACAGAGGCAGGCAUAUCAAGCCACCUCUCUCUGAAUAUCCAAGCCUCAGUAAGGGUUGCCAGAAAUCAACUAUGACUUCCAAGCAUGCAAAGACACGCACACAAAAUACUCACAAGAACCCCUUUACAAUUCACAGUGGCUUUGAAAAAUUGGGUUUUUUUCAUUUAAAAAAUGUCCAAGAAUCCCUUCUACCACAAAAAGGAAUAGUUGGCCACUUCCUAGCAUGUAACAGCCCAGCACUGAAUGCUUCUCUGUGCCCUUAACAGACAGCGCGCACACCGUACCUGCAGGGUGUUUCUUUGCAAUGAACUCAUAGCUCAUGACUAUGAGCAGCUGAAGCAAGUGUGUUUACAGCACGGCGUGCGGUGUGAGUCACACUUUUAUGUAACCUUCCAUUGAUUGUGUACUUAAAGAUGUGCAUCAUAAUAAUAGGGGCGGGGAAAGAAAACCUCUCUGUAAUUUGAUUUUUAUCAGGGAAUGCUGGCCUUUAACUGUAACACACUUUGAGAUAUUACCCGGCUGCUUCGUUUCCCAAGUUUGAUGAAGAUCAAACUGAAAUGCCAAAUUCGAUCAAAUGUUUGGGAUUUUUUUUUCAUUCUGUUGUUAUGAAUCAUGAUGUGACCUUUAAAAGGAAGGCAAAGUUUCCCUCCUCUUCUCAAGGGGGAAGAAAUCUAACUUCCUUUCACAUUCAAUGUGGUUUUAUAUAAUCAUAAAUUAAGUUUUAAUCAUUAUUUAAAGUAAGCUUUCAUCCUUUAAGUCCUUCAAUUCUCCUUGUUUUUGUUCCUUGGGAACAUCAGAUAGGAUGGCAUUGGCUUUACGAUCUCGUAAAUAAACACUAAGCCACUGGUUUGCCAGAA